GUACUGUCAUUCUCUCCCCUCCCUCCACCCGAUGGCGAAGGUCAACAUAUGUAACGUUGAAGUGCUUGGGAAUCCUGCUUCUUUCUUCGAUCCAUUUAAGUUUCAGAUAACGUUUGAGUGUUACGAACCGCUUGAUGAUGACCUGGAGUGGAAGCUGGUGUACGUUAGCAGCGCUUACAACGCAUCUUUGGAUCAAACACUGGAUUCUAUUCUGGUGGGGCCAGUCCCCGUUGGUCGGCAUCAGUUUCUCUUUGAGGCGGAUGCACCGGAUCCAAAAAAGAUACCCGCCGAGGAUGUGGUUGGUGUGACCGUGGUACUCAUACAGGCGCUGUAUCGGGACAAAGAAUUUAUUCGCGUUGGUUACUAUGUUAACAAUGAGUACAAGAAAGAAGAGCUCCGCUUGGAACCCCCUUCAGAACCGCUUUUGGAUGAGUUGGAACGUAACAUCAUUGCGUCGGAUCCACGAGUGACACGGUUCCCCAUUGAUUGGGGUGACGGCUUGUUGGAUGGGUGCCCGGAACCUGAACAAACCGAAGAGGACGCCGAUCAGAGUUUGUUGAAAGACGAUGAUGAAGCCGAGGGUGCCAACGGGCUUUCACAAGAUGUUCUGGAUGAGUUGAGCGCAAAUCACUGUGAGUUCAGCGAGAAACUUCCAACAGAAUUAACUGGGGAAUCGGUUUCCAACAGCAAGCUAGCAUCUUUAGAACGUGCCAUGACAAAUUCCGUUUGUGGAUCAGGCCUUGCUAGUCUACCUUUGCAACACAUUCAGCCAACUUCGAUUCCAGUCGAUAACGCUUAAAGAACCUUCUCCUUGUGACCAGAUUAAAAUGUUUUUCCCCGUGAACUUUUACAUUUUUCUUUCUCUAUGACCAUUUCUAUGCCUGAAGAUUUACCUCGAGUUUACUAAUACAUGUACUCCGAAUCCGUG